UUGCUUACAAAGUUUUUGUUAAAAAACAUAUAGAUAUUGCAAUUUUUAUUAUACCACAGCUUUUUCUAACUACUAAAGCUUCUACUAAAAAUGGCAAAUAAUUUACGGUGAUAAAGACAUGAAUGAGUUAUUUUUUAUUUAUUUUAUAGAGGAUGAUCUUAGUAAUUAGUAUAAUGAUACUUGAAAUAUUUCACAUUUUAAAAACGUGAUUCAAAAAUGUCGUAAAUUUUUUUGAAUUAUAUUUCCGCGAACUGUCCAAAAAAUCUUAAUCUUCUAUAUUUAUUGUUCUUUUAACGUGCUUUAUAUAAGACUUAUGUAUAUAUAAAGUAGACAGUGCGUGUAAUUAUUCACAAUGUGACUGUAAAUAGAUUCCCGCUCAAAGCGAAAAUGGCUAUUGAGAAUUGCUUGGUCGUAAGAUUAAAUCAGUCCCAUUUGGUUGUUUGUCGCGAAUCAAUCGGUUGCUCUCUAUCUCCGUUAAUUAAUAAAUGCUGUCCAUUGCGAUAUGCCUCUUAUUCAUUAAGUUGCUACACAGCUGAGUUGUUGAACUUGUAAUCCAAGUGAAAAAUAGGUUUUGUGAAUUUUCCAGUAAAGAAAAAAAGAAUAAUCUGAAAGAGACUCUUUUGAAAAAAAGGGUUUCUAAAUACUGUGUUCGAAAAACGUGCUCAGUGGAAGGAAAAAAAAGUUUAAAAAAAAUAACUUCCUAAAUGGCUGUAGAAGCGUGUGAGGUUGAUAAAAAAAUUUUGCCACAAGCAUGUACUGAUAAAAAUUCAUCACAGCAUGAAAAUAAUCGAAAAAAUUCAAAAACAGCAGCUAAAAGGCAAAUUCUUGCGAGUAUCGUGGCAAAUCUCACAGUUUUGGCUUCAGGAAUGGGUUUUGGAUAUCCCGCCACGACACUUUCCCUCCUCACAGAUCCCACAAGUAUUGUAUCUCUGACUGAGAAUCAGGGAUCAUGGGUGGCAUCCAUUAAUACCAUCUUCAGUCCAGUCGGUGGACUCAUUGCCAGCUAUACACUGGACAAAUUUGGAAGGAAGAAAACACUAAUUGCCAUCAAUAUUUUGUCAAUAAUAUCCUGGUUUAUUGUGGCUUUCUCCAGUAAAUCUGACUCCAAUUUGAUGUACAUGGAAAUUAUUGGGGCCAGAAUAAUUAUAGGUAUUGUUGCUGGACUCUCUAGUUCCCCCUCGUCAGUUUAUUCAGCUGAAAUUGCAAGUCCCAAACUGCGUGGAUUUCUCACAGUCUUCACAUCUGUCUCAAUCUCAUCUGGAGUACUUAUAAUCUAUAUUCUUGGAUUUUUCAUAAAUGAUGAUUGGCGUAAGGUGGCUGGAAUUGCCGGAGGUAUAUCAAUAGGAGCACUUUUAAUGCUGUACUUUGUACCAGAAUCUCCAAGAUGGCUUGUCAUGAAGGAUCGAGAGCGUCAGGCGGAGAAAUCCCUCAAGCGUCUCAGUGGAUCAAAAAGUAAUUUAAAAGAACAACUACAGCAGCUUACUGAACAAAUUCGCGGAAAUGAGGAGACUCCAGUGAAACCUCUCUCACGUUGGGAGAUGAUAAAACAACCAAUAUUCUACAGACCUCUGACCAUUAUGAUGUGUUUCUUUACAUUUCAACAAUUGUCCGGGGUUUUUGUCCUUGUGGUUUAUUCUGUGAAAUUCAGUGUAGCUGCAGGAAUCACAGUGGAUCCCUUCCUAUUCACUGUCAUCCUGGGAGUGUCUCGAGUCAUGGGAACUAUUGUAAUUGGGGCUCUGCUGGAUGUUUUAGGACGAAGACUACCUACAAUUAUCGGAGGACUGGGCAUGGGUGUCAGUUUAUUCGGAAUUGUUAUUUGCAUGUGGAAUCCCUGUACAAUGACCAAGUGGAUUGCAGCAUUUCUCAUUUUUUUCUAUGUCUUUGCCAGUACUAUUAGCUUCUUGGUCAUCCCCUUUGCCAUGAUUGCCGAAAUCUAUCCGCAAAAAAUGAGAGGUUUUGCCUCAGGAAUAACCGUAUCCUAUGCCUAUAUUCUCUGCUUCCUCUCCAUCAAACUCUACCCAACACUCGUAAGCAUCAUUGGAAGUGACUACAUUUGCCUAAUGUAUGGCUCUAUUGCUUUCCUAGGAGUUAUCUUUGUCUACAAUUUCCUCCCAGAAACCAGUAAAAAGACCCUUCAGGAAAUUGAAGAGCUUUUCACAAAAAAAUAGAGAACAAAACGAAUUUUUAAGCUGUAUUUAUUUUUAGAUAGUGAAUACUAAAUUUCUCUUUGUGAUAAUUCUUGAUAAAAAGAAAUUAUAGGAAAUUAAAAAAAAAAGAAUUUCAGGAAAUAUUACUUGUGCUUUUACAUUAUUUGCUGUGUAUAAGAUCAAUUGCAUUUUUACUUAGAGAUUCAGCAGGAAUCUAACUGAAUCAAUCCAAUGAAAAAAAACUCUUUACCGAUUGUUACUAAGUAAACUGUACUGAAGAAUGAAUGGAUUAUAAAAUUUAAAGUAUGCAUAAAUAAAUGUUUACUGUCCUUUCUAGAAAAA